CGGUAAUUUAUUACUUUGUUGUAUAAUUAUUCGUUAUUUUAUUUUAUUUUUAACUUUUAUUUGUAUUAUAGAUUUAAAUAUACUUUAUUCUCAUUUUUAAUAUGUAUUAUAAUGAAAAUUGUUUUAAAAACGAAUAAUGGAGGAGAGAAGAAUCUUGAUAAAUCAGAUGAUAAAAAUGAAUUAACUAAAAAUGAGUUUAAAAAGCCACAAAAUAGUAUUUUAAACCUCGCUUUUGGGUUAAAGGGUGAUAAUACACUCGAUAAUGACCAUGAAAUUGACGGCAAACAUUUUUUAUCUAGAAAUAAGCCUGAAAAUUCAAAACCUACUUUUGACUCUCUUAAAGCUAGAAAAUUUGCAAAGGCUCUAGACUAUUCUGAUAAGGCUAAUUCUGAUCUUGACCUUGACCCUCAAUUAUAUUUGUAUGACGAACUUGUACCUGAUAGAAACACCGAAGAAUCGGCUAAAUUUAAGUAUCUUGGAUUUGUAGACGAAUCCAAGAACAUAUCGAGUUUAGAUUUGAAUAAUGACUCACAAGGAAGAACGGGAAAAUCUGAUGAUAAGGAACCUGAAGAGCAAGUUGAAAGUAAGAAAGAGUCUCGGUACAUGAGUAAGAUGGUUACUGUGGCUAGAAAGCGUCAAAUGGAACGCGAUAUUGCAUUUGAGAAACAGCUUCUUAAAGAGGAACUUAAGUCUGACUCUAAUAUCGGAGAGGUAUUUGUUACAGGCGCUUAUAAGAAGAAGUUGGAGGAACGUAAGCUUUUCGAGGAAGAACAGAAGAAAAAGGAAGAAUAUGACGCUGUUCACAGCAAGAACAGUCUUACCAAAUUACACACAUAUCUUUUAAAAACUGGUUUUGCCAAAAGAUCAUCAACUGAUAAUCCUAACCAUUAAUAUACUAUUUACCACACACAA